AUGUUUUUUUUUGUUGGAGGUUUUCACAGCAAAGAUCGGUGUUGUGGAAACAGCGGCUUAUCAAACACGGGAUGUCUUUUAAUAAAAAUCUCUCUCCUCGCUUGUUACUACUCCACUUUCUCACCUUUAACACUCAACUCUCUCAAAGUGUUCCAAUCUUUAUCAUACCUUCCUCCUCCUCCUUUUGUAGAAGAAGCCUUCAUUUAUAAAUAUAUAUUAUCUCUAUCUCUAUCUCUAUCUCUCUAUCAACUCUACAGCAGUGAAAGGUAUACUACUAGAAUUCCUAUAUAUCCACUUCCACUCCACUCAACCCAUCCAUCCCUAUUGCCAGUCCCUUAUAAAAUAUUAAAGAGUUCAAAUAUAUAUACAUACAAUUUCAAUAUUAAAACAACGCAACGACGAGAAAUGACCUUUAUAAACAAUCAAAAUCAUUGGAUAUCUAUAUUCAUUCUUUUGACCAUUUGUAUUUGUAAUAUUGCAUUGGCCAGUGAAAAUGGAUUAAAUGCAUUUCCACAAUCAGUCAAAUUAUCAUUGACACCAGUGUAUGGCCAAAUGAAGGUCAGUUGGUUCACUUCACUCGAGAAUGGAGUUAGUUUGGUACAAUAUUCACAGAGUCAAUCUGCGCUACAGGCAUCGUUGAUGAACAUCAAGUUGCCAGCCGGAUCAUCAGUCUACACGGCCAAUGGAACUUCAUCGGCCUUUGCUACAGAGUCCAAUUGGUUUGGAUUCUCCAACAUGGUGUUGCUCGAAUCACUCGAGCCCAUGACCACCUAUUUCUACGCCUGCGGAGGCAAGACCGCCACCAGUGCCUGGACCAGCGUCAGAAAGUUCACCACUGGCUCGUUUGGCAAGCCAACAUCGACCGGCAGCGUCACACCCUUUACCGUCGCACUCUACGGCGACAUGGGUUUUGGCGGUGGCUUUAAUCAAACCGUCCAAGUGUUGGUCGACAAUCUCGACCACUAUGACAUGAUCCUUCACGUCGGAGACAUCUCCUACGCCGACUAUGACCGUGUUCUCCAAGGUAACCAAACCAUUUGGAAUGACUUUUUAUCAACCAUUGAACCAAUCACUUCAAGUAUUCCAUACAUGUCUACUCCUGGUAAUCAUGAUGUAUUUUAUUCAUUCCAAGCAUACCAACAAACAUUUAAUAUGCCAGGUUCAUCAAAUGAACCAUGGUAUUCUUUUGAUUACAAUGGAGUACAUUUUGUGAGUUAUUCUACAGAGUCUGAUAUAUCACCAUUCACAAGACAAUACCAAUGGCUCAAGAACGACUUGGACACGUAUCGUAGCAAGAAUCCAAAGGGAUGGGUCAUUGCCUAUGCCCAUCGUCCCUACUAUUGUUCGACUCAAUGGGACUGGUGUCGCAAGCAGACGCUCCGUGCCUUGAUUGAGUCUACAAUUGGCGAGCUUUUCCAGCAGUACAAUGUCGACAUGUACCUCGCUGGCCACACCCACGCCUACGAGCGUACCCAGCCAGUCUACAAGCAACUGCAAAUCGGAAACUACCAAUACCCCGGUGCCACCGUCCACAUGAUCGUCGGGACACCAGGAAACCAAGAAGGCUUGGACACCAACUGGAUCUACCCUACCCCAGCUUGGUCAGGUUACAGAUACGCUGAACUCGGUUACGCCACCAUGUCCAUCGUCAACGACACUCACCUUCUUUGGCAAUUUAUUGCAGACAAGGAUCAACAAUUAAUUGAUGAACAAUGGAUUGUUAAAGGUUAUUUCGAUUAA